UACAGCCACGGAGAGGAGGUCUCCAUACACAAAGGAAUUAAUCACUAGACAAAAAAGAAGGAAUCUAACCACAAAAUGCCGCCACCACAUCACGAGGAACGAGGCUUGUUCGGCAUCAGCCUUGGCCUGAGUAUGGGCGGUCAUGGACACCAUCACCACCACCACCACGGACCUCCACCGCCGCCCCACUACGAUCAUCACCACCACCACCACCACGGACCUCCACCGCCGCCCCACUACGAUCAUCACCACCACCACCACCAUGGACCGCCGCCACACCACUUCGAUCAUCACCACCACGGACAUCACGGACCCCACGGACACCAUGGGCACCACGGACACUUUGACCAUCACCACGGCCCUCCAUCGCAUCAUCAUCAUCAUCACUGCUAGCAAAGGGUAGUGAUGAAAG